ACUCUUGACAAAACUCACACCGUUUAUUGCUUAUAAAACGAAAUAUUUUCCAAUAAAGGCGCGGGGAUUUGCUAUUAAAAUAUGGUGGGGAAAAUGGUGGCCAUUUAGCUGAGCAGUAGACUGAUUUAUUAUUUAUUGUUCUGUCCCACGGUCACGUGUUUGAGGCACCCUAUCCAGUCCUGGGCAAGGUUCAACUUAUUGGACGCAUUGAGCUUCUAGCUGGUGCACGACAGCAGCACCUUAACAUGCAACGAAUGUGUUUUUUCUAAACAUCGCCGGACUGUAACGCGCUCUUGUUCUGCUUUGCAUUUCUUUGCAAUGUCGACGCUGGGGACUAGUUAUUAUGUUGACUCGCGCAUUCUUGCCGAGCAGGAAGAUUUAGCCCCGAGGUACUCAUCAUCUGCAGGGGUGGAGCAGGCUAUGGUCACCGAAUAUGGCGGACAGGAGUCUUGCCCUUUGCAGGCGAAAUCCUCUAUUUUUGGUGGGUCUUGGAGCACCAUCUCCUCCCACCCUCCAACCACAGCCACUCCGACCUAUAUACAUCACCACUACACGGGCGGCGACAGCGAUGGCAUGUUUACGCGCUCCUGGGCGUUGGACCCGGUUUCUGCGUCCCUCUGUUUGACGGGAUUACCGUCGACAGCCAUGCACUAUGAGAUAAAACCCGAGCCGGUGAUUGGGAGUGCACAAUGUACGACUUUAGAGACGCACACACCUCUUUUGUCUGACAUUGAAAACGCGUCCCUCGCCGAGAUUCCCUGCGAAACCUCAUCCACGUCUAAAGCCACUGGAGAAAACCCACAAGGAGAGGAAAAGAGGGAGGUAGAUGCAAAUGACCCAUCGUCCAACUGGCUUCAAGCAAAGCCCACGAGAAAAAAGCGUUGUCCUUAUACAAAGCAUCAAAUCCUCGAACUGGAAAAGGAGUUUCUGUUUAACAUGUACCUCCCCCGGGACCGUAGAUACGAAGUAGCCAGGGUCCUGAAUUUGACCGAGAGACAGGUAAAAAUCUGGUUUCAGAACCGCAGGAUGAAGAUGAAGAAAGAAAACAAAGACCGAAGGAGAGACAGUUAACUGGUUCUGGGACGGAUGGUGGAUUAGAGCGUAAAUGGUGAAGGGGGGAGGGUUAGGGGAGGCCUGUCCUUAAUAUUCCUAACCUGUUACACAUGUUGUUGUAAAGUUAGUGCUGGGUGGGUUUUUUUUUUUUUUUUUAAUUAUUUUUUAUCAUUUUAUUAUUAUUGUUGUUGUUGUUGUUAUAUGAUAUCUAGUGUUUCAUGUUACAUGUGAGAAGACUGAAUUUCUCAUCAGAAUUUACAUGUGUUGUGUUUUGGCGCACAAAGAUAAAAGUUUAAAUACUUAAACGCCAUUUGUAAUUUGCAUGAAAUGAUCCUUGACUACCUGAAUGUCCCUCAGCUACCUAUUUGCAGCGUUUAAGUUAUUAUUAUUAUUAUUGUUAUUAUUAUUAUUAUUAUUUGCAACGUUAGGUGUUUUUUAGCUGUCAGGUUUUGAUGCAUUUGUGAAAACACUGCGCACACACUUGAAAUACCUCGUCGUUGUUGAUUUCAACCAAAAUAAAGUGUAGUUUGUAUAGCA